GCCCGCCACUGUAAUGGAAAGAUUUAAAGCAGAGGCCACAUCAGCCACCCAAUGAAAAAGGAAAACAAAACUACUAGCUGUAACUCCGUGUCUCCCGCCUCCCAGCAUCUCCAUUUCUUUAACUCUCUGCCAGCCACACGGUAAAUAGCUUACCAAGGAUUCUCUUAUUUAAAGACUCAAGCGAAAGCUCUGCUGUUUUAUUUUUGGCUUAUCCAGGAAUAACACAACAACAACAACACAGACGAAAAGCGUCCUGAGGCUCCGUAGUGGCAUCCAGUAGACGUUACCUUCCCCCUGUGGGACGUUCGUGUUUGGCGGGGCAGUCAGAGACUUUAGUGGGUCAGCUGAGCGUGGUCUUUGCUUUCUGCAUCACUGAGCUGGGAUCUCAUUUGAGUCUGUUCUGCUGGGUUUGCUGAGCCAAGAGGCUGCCUGUGCCUGCGUGUGUGUUUCUGUGUACACACAGCAGUGAUCAUGUCCCUCAGACUGCUGCCCGCUAUCGUGAUGGAAAACGACGAGGACGAUGAUGGGAACUUCACCAAUUGGAUGAGUAGCUACUGGGGUCACGGAACGGACGGCGGACACUCCAGAGAGAGAAAACGUAGUUUCAGACGGCCUUCGAAAACAAACCUCGAUCGCAGAGCAUCACUCCCCACCGUGACACAACUGGAUGCCAUGAGGCAAAACAAGAUCCACACAGCGACCAACGCGCCCAUUCCCAAAACGAGGGACGACAAGGGGGAGGUCAGGCCUCACCAGAGGGUUCAUCGCAUCUCCUCGGACGAAAACCGGCCCAAGACUGCCGUCACGGAGAGCCGCAUCACCUCCAUCCCAGAGAUCACUGAGUCCUUCCAGAAGAGGCUGUGCUUCACUGACAAGAAAACCAUGUGUCUGAGCGAUAAAGACAAGACAUGCCUGAUUUGCCAUGAAGACAUGUGCAAGAAUGGAGAGGGAGUUCAAGAACUUCGCUGCACACACCGCUUCCACAAAGAGGAAGCCCGGCGGCUAGAGGCGAGCGCGCCGCGCAGAGGCAGCGACACAGUGGCCGGUCUGUUCAGGAGACUGACGGAGGAGAGGAGAAAGUCUGUGGAUGGGUGGAUUUCCUCAGCGAAGGAGCAGCUCGCCCCGAGUCGACAGCUUUCCCUGCGAAGGCAUCGCUGAAAUCUCUCAGAAGGGCGACAUCUUUUUUUAUUUAGUGAUUCCUACAAUGAUCAGGAGGAUUCCUUCUUGCUUUAUUUCAGCGUGUCUGAAUCUGCAAAUCCUGAAAAUGUCUCCUGAAAGCUGACCUAUGAGCUCUUUGGGUUUGGUCAGAUUUUGGUGUUCUGGUUAACCUCUUCCCCUUCACAGUGAGGCACUAAAUUUGCAGUAGUGUAAAGGUUUGAAUUUACAAUUAAAAGCAAUAAGUUGUCAGAGAAUCACUUAGUUUUUGUGACUGUAUGUAAAUAAAUGUGGUCAUUUGAGUUUAAUAAUAUGCAGUAUUAGCUGUACCAGAGGGUUUUGUAGUCUAUGAGCUUGAAGAGAUCCUUGCAAAAGUCUUUAAAGUGUUUGAACUUUCCAUUUUGUCAAGUUGCAACCCCAAAAUUAAAUGUAUUUUCUUGGGAUUUUGUGUGGUUGGCCCACAAAAAGUGAAGCAGAAGGAAAACGAUAGUGAUUGAAGGGUUGCCCUGUAUUUAUCCCAAUCCAUCAUUUCAUUAUCUAUUAGUAGCUUCUUUGACCCCGUUUAAAGAAAACCU